AACAAAGUCGAAGCUGUUUCUAACACGGUCUUCGAUUCUUCAUGUGAUUUUGAUCAACUCUGGACCGUCAAUUAAGCCGGUCUCUGCUGCUUACUUCCAGCCUCUCUGGUCUAUAAGAACACUCCCUCCACUUCUAUCAAAUCAAAAUCCACAGAAAUAUACAACAAAACACUGUUUCUUUCAAAACCACAAACAAAAUGUUGCGAGUUCUUGUAACUAUUAUCGUGCUUGUCUCUGUUUCCUCUGUUUCUGCUACAGAGAAAGGGAAGAAACUCAAGAAAGGUGCUUAUGAUGCGGCUUCAACGAACUAUAAUGUUUUGUAUCCACUUGGCUCGGGCCAAGAGCGAGUUCAAUGCUUGGCUAGAGGAUCGUGUAACCAGAAAAUCCUCACUUGUCCUAAGGAAUGCCCCGAGAGAAAACCAAAAAUGAACAAGAAGAAAAAAGCUUGUUUCAUCGAUUGUAGCAGCAAAUGUGAAGUCACCUGCAAAUGGAGGAAAGCAAACUGCAACGGUUAUGGAUCUUUGUGUUACGACCCGAGAUUUGUGGGAGGAGAUGGAGUGAUGUUCUACUUCCACGGAAACAAAGACGGGAACUUCGCCAUCGUCUCUGACGAGAAUCUUCAAAUCAAUGCACAUUUCAUUGGUACAAGACCUGCUGGUAGAACCAGAGACUUCACAUGGGUUCAAGCCUUCUCAGUGAUGUUCGAUAGUCACAACCUCGUCAUCGCAGCCAAGAAGGUUGCGUCUUGGGAUGAUUCCGUAGACUCUCUCGUGGUGAGAUGGAACGGAGAAGAAGUUGAAGUCCCGACAGAAGGUGAAGCAGAGUGGAGAAUUGAUCUUGACGAAAGGGAAGUUAUUGUUGAGAGAACAGAUGAGAGAAAUAACGUGAGAGUCACGGUAUCUGGGAUUGUUCAGAUAGAUAUUCAGGUUAGACCAAUUGGGAAAGAAGAAGAUAGAGUUCAUAAGUAUCAGCUUCCUAAAGAUGAUGCUUUUGCUCAUCUAGAGACUCAGUUUAAGUUCUUUAACCUGAGUGAUCUUGUCGAGGGCGUUUUGGGGAAAACAUAUCGGCCUGGAUACGUUAGUCCGGUUAAGACCGGAGUCCCUAUGCCUAUGAUGGGUGGAGAAGACAAGUACCAAACUCCUUCUCUGUUCUCACCUCUCUGUAAUGUCUGCAGGUUCCAAGGCAAAACUGGUCCUGGAGUGGCUAAGUACUAAAUCAGAUUUAUUUGUUUUUGUUUAUCAAACUGUCUUUUAAUUAAGCCUCUAAUUGUAGUGUUUUAGCAUCGUUAAAUUGAAUAAUUAUCGAUGUUUUAUGUCUGUUUUUGUUAUUUU